UUGCUCAUGCCUGCCUCCAGGCACGCAUAAUGGACAACAUGGCCACGAUGUGAUGAGUAAUAUCUGUUGUUUCGGAUAGCAAAACAUUACAAAAUUACAAUACAUUAAGGUAUUCAAGAGAAAGAGCAAUGGGUUUAUCGCAGAGCAACGGUGCACCUGAGGGUGGUACAGAAGGCUAUCAUGUUCAUGGGAUCCAAGAGAAUUCACCUGCAGAGAGAGCUGGUCUGGAUCCCUUUUUUGAUUUCAUCAUAUCCAUUGGCAAUAAUCGCCUUAACCAGGAGAAUGAUAUGCUGAAGGACCUCCUCAAGGCUAAUGUGGAGAAAUCGGUGAAGAUGGAGGUUUAUAGUACAAAGACCAUGAGGCUGCGGGAAUUGGAGGUGGUUCCUAGCAACAUGUGGGGGGGCCAGGGACUUCUGGGGGCCAGUGUCCGCUUCUGCAGCUUUCAAGGAGCCAAUGAAAAUGUCUGGCAUGUUCUAGAUGUGGAGCCAAGUUCACCUGCAGCAUUGGCCGGAUUCAGGGAACAUGCAGAUUUUAUUGUCGGAGCUGACCAAGUUCUGCAAGAUUCAGAGGACUUCUUCUCACUUAUUGAAGCACAUGAGGGGAAGCCACUGAAGCUUCUGGUCUAUAAUACAGAGACGGAUAAAUGCAGGGAGGUGGUUGUGACACCAAAUGGUGCCUGGGGGGGAGAAGGCAGUCUUGGUUGUGGCAUUGGAUAUGGCUACUUGCACCGAAUCCCUGCACGACCUGACAGCCCAAAAUCGGAAAAUGUCAGUCAUCAUAUUUCUCCUGUGGCAGGGACCCCAGAGCAAGAACCUCCUACAAAUGGAUUCACAGAGGUGUCCCUAAUGGCAGCAUCCCGUCAGGCUGUGAGUGGUUUGGAUCUUGACACACCACUGCCACCUCCUAUUCAAAGAGUCAUGGACCCUGGUAAGGCAGCAAAAUAUAGACUUCAUUUUCCUGAAGGUUCUGAAAGUUUCUCAGAUCAGUCUGAAGUGGCUAUGAUGAAUUCUGAGAUGUCAGACAUGGCAGACCGACUCGACCUAUCUGUUUCUUCCAUUGACAUGACAAGCACAUCCCUGGCUGUUCGAGAGGACAUUGACAUAUCAGGUGUCGAAGAGCUACAUGACAGUGAGAUUCCUUACAGUGAUCCUAAGGAGAUUACAGAGGAAUCUCCUUCUGCAGAUUUGAUCUCCUCAGUUGUAGAAGAGCCUUCACCACCACCUUCACAUGUUUAUCUCUCGCACCCUCAAUUCCCUAAUACACUACUUGAUCAUAAUAUGCCGAUAGACAUGUCAUCUUUGGUGAAUUCUUCAAUUCCAUCUUUUGACUCUGUGCCUCCUAUAGACAUCUCUUCCCUGCAUAUUGACCGUGCUGCCCUUCGCCUCCAGUCUUCUGCCCUGCCUGCAAAAUAUCCCUUACAACCCAAUGAGUUCUCAAGUCUUCCCUCAAAAACUGAUGGUUUCAAUCAGGGCUUUUCUGAAGAGACACAGUCUCUGAAGAUUAGCUUAUUUGAAAGUGAAGUGGAGAGGGUAUCCUCUGAUCUGUUGUCUCCUGAUUCCUGUGCAGAAAUCAAAGACGGAGCUGCUCUUCAGUAGUGACACUACUACUAAGUACCAUGUUGUAUCACUAUCUUGUUUACAAAAUUGCUUAACAAUCAUUGGUAGAAUCAGGUCUUGGGCUGUUGUGUGCUUUUUGAACAGUUGGGUGUUGUUCAUCUUACCUUUUUAUUUUACAUUUGCGUGCAAGUAGCCAGGAUGCCUGUAGGAUAUUUGAAUGUGAGUAGGCCAUUGUUUUACAUUUUGUAGAUCAUAAUUUAGAAGAUAAUAUUUUUAUGUAACUAAUUUGGAAAUUUUACUUUAGCUUGAUUGAUUAAACUCCACAAAUAGUUUGGAAGCAGCAUACCAAAAACUUAACUUUAUUGACAGUUUUAACCAUGUUAAAAUUUGUAGUCACGCUACUACCCAAUCAUUCAUGGACUGCUGUCUUAAACUCAUCACUCAGUAUAGAUCAUCUCGUGUUAUAUUUAGCUAAUGCCCCAUUUGGUCAGCAAUCUGCACAGAGGAUCUAUAGAACACUAACACAGAAUAGAUAUAUUGCAUAUAGACAUAUUUUUUUUAGGUACAGCAUUACAUUGUUUUGGCUUCCUUUGUUACAUUUUUAUCAUUUACCUUUUAGAAGGACUCCAUAUAUUUGCUUUUAUUGCUUUUUUUUCUGUAUUGUGGGAACGUUUGUUAAGGAUAGUGCAAAUUGUUAUACUGGUCAAGGGUUUUGUAUUUGUUUAGUGCUUUAAACCAAAAUCUUUCUCUACUGGCCAAAUAGAGUUUGAUCAUCAUUUUUAUGUGAUUUUAGAAUCUUUUCAUCACAAAUAUUUUAUUUUAGUUUUUGUUACAUAGUCUUCAUCUGUAUUGGAGUGAUCGCUUAUAUGUGCUUUAGGUUGUAAAGAGUAAAAUUGUAUUUGUUUAGCAUUUCGGUUGCCUGGUUAGGAAGUCAGUAUAAGUAAAAUGAUCACUGAACUAAAUCAACACUAAAGAAAUGUUGUCAUAGUAAAAUAUGCUUUGACUAUAUAUUGAGACAUGGACUAUUGCUGUUCACUUGUGGUUGGUAAUUUAUUGAUCUGUGCAAAUAUGGAAUAAUGUCAGUAGAAUGUAUGUGUUGUUAUGAUUGAGUUGAAUCAUUAAUGCCAUAUUCAAUAAGAGUAGUGUCAUACCCAGGUGUUUAUUUUUAUUAGCAUUAGUAAAGGGAGUGCAAACUCAGAGAAUACCUCAUAGAUCUUAAGUUCUUUGUGAAAACAAAUUCUGAAACAGUUUCAGCAGUGAGUGAAGACUUUAUAUGUGUCUAUAUAUAAGUGAAUCCAGCGAAUAUGAAGACAACAGUAAUGGUAUGUCACGAGGGAGAAGAGACAAUGUUGGUUUGAAUUUUCCUUCUUUUAUAUAAAAAAAAUAAAAUAAAUGGUAGAAUAUCCUGUGUGUGAACACAAAUGUAUAUUUUUGCAAUUAUUGUGAUUAAGGAAAAAAAACAGAAAAUGGUGUACCUACUCGAACUAAAUUGUUGGUUUGUUUUGGAAAAUAUCAAAUUGCAAAACCCCAGAACCCUACAGCAAUAAAAUCCGAAAUAGGCCCAUAAA